UCUGAGAUUAAAUUAGGUCAGAGUUAACAGAUAUGUCCUGUUAUCGUCAUAAAUUGUAUGUGUUAUUUAAGUUAAUCUAGCAAGUAAAAUAUGCUAUAACUGAUCUGAAUUAUUCAUACAUCCGUGCUACAGAAUUCAAGAAUGAAUAUUUCAUCUGAUAACGUUUACAGUCACAACAAAGAAGAAAAAUCAGAAGAUAUAACCGAUGUAAUUGGACAUUGGGGUAAAUGGCAGUUAAUAUUGAUGAUAUCUGUUGUAUACAUAAACAUACCUGCCGCGUGGUAUAAUUUAGGAAUGGCUUUCUUGGCACCGAAUGUCGAUCAUUGGUGUGCAAAACCACCGGAAUUUUCCAAUAUGUCAACGGAUGAAUGGAAAAAUUAUAGCAUUCCCAUAGUAAUAAACAACAAUAAACAAUCUUACAGCAAGUGUGAAAUGUAUAGUUCCAUAGAGAAAGAAAAUAGAACUCGGAUACCGUGCAAAUCAUGGGAUUACGAUCAUUCAUUUUACAGAUCCACCAUAGUCGAAAAAUGGGAUUUAGUAUGUGAGAAAUCUUGGUUAUCAUCUUUAGCUCAAUCCUUUUAUUUUUUUGGAUUUUUAGUAACUGUGUUUGUUGGAGGGCAGUUAUCUGAUAAAUUUGGAAGGAAACCCAUCCUUUAUUUAUGUAUAAUAUGGACAUUUGUCUUUGGUGUGAUAUGUACAUUUUCUGAAAAUUUCUGGUUAUUUGCAAUAUGUCGAUUUUUUCUUGCACUUGGAAGAGCAUCGACAUUUUUAAUUGUAUACGUCCUUUUAAUGGAAGUUGUUGGUAAAGAAUAUAGAGUUAUCGUUGGAUUAUUUGAUAAAUUAGGAUGGGCAGUAGGACAAAUGAUUCUUCCGGGUCUUGUUUGGCUUCUUAGAGAUUGGUUUUAUCAAGAAUUGGUAUCGUUUUUACCAUAUAUCAUUAUUCUCCCUUUAUGGUGGAUCACCCCAGAAUCCCCAAGAUGGCUUUUAUCUAAAGGAAGAGUUGAUGAAGCGGAAAAAAUUGUUAAAAAAGCAAUUAAAACAAAUAAGCGAAAUAUCGAAAAUCUAAAUGAAAAAUUAAAAUCUAUAUCUGAAAAAAUUGUGAAAGAAAGUGAAGGGAAGGAUAAUAAACAGGUAACAUUUCUGGAUGUAAUGAAAUGUCCUAAUUUACGAAGACUUACUUUAAUUUUAUACAUAGUUUGGAUAUCGAACGUAUUAGCCUAUUAUGGAUUAUCUUUCUCAGCUGAUGAUAUUGGAGUAAAUAUUUUGUUGUUCUUCUUUCUCUCUGCCUUAGUAGAAAUACCGGCAGGAUUCUUCUAUUUUUUCAUUCAGAGAUUCAUUGGUAGAAGAUACACACAAAUUGCUUCUAUGUUAGUAACUGGAUUGACAUGCCUUAUUGCUAUUGCUAUCCCCGAAGACAUUCCUAUCGCUAUCACUGCUUUGGCAGUAAUUUCGAAGUUUGGCUUAUCUGUAUCCUUCACAUCUAUGUAUUUAUUAUCUUCGGAAAUCUACCCCACUGUCGUUCGUAAUGUGGGAUUAGGAUCGUGUUCCAUGAUGGGAAGAGUAGGAGCUGUAAUUGCUCCCUUCAUGAAAGAAGCGGGAAAUGAUGUGCAUAGAGCUUUACCAUUAGGAUUAUUUGGUUCGAUAUCUCUUAUUGGAGCUGCUUUGGUAUUAUUCUUACCAGAAACUAAAGAUUCGGAAUUAACAGAUACAUUGGCGCAAGGAGAAGUUAUAGGAAGCCACACACGUCACAUCUUACGAAGAAAAUCGGAAAAUGAAGUACAAAUUGAAUUAAAACGCAAUAAAGAAUAGUUAUUUAAUAUUCUAUAAAUAUUUUAAUAAUCAACUUUUAUAUUAUUUUAUUAAAGAAUUAAAUAAA